CCGGCUGACGUCAAGAUCUGGAGUCGGGUGGGAGGUCUCGAUUCCUCCUUGAUCAGUGCUAUGCGAUCAGCUCUACUGGAGGGUCGUGCAGUCGUAUAUGGUAAUAAAUUACGACUUGUUGUAUUUUUUUUUUUUUUUUGUGGUUAGUUUAGAAAAUGGAAAUAAAAAAAAAAAUAUUAGUUUGAUAAUAAUAUGUAUGUAUAUGAAGGAGAAAUAGGUCGGUGACAUCUUCAUAAAUUACGAGUGGGGUUAUCUUCAGACUAGAAAUAGAAGGCAGUGGAAUUAUUUUAGUCUCUGGAGGAGGUUUGCGAGUGACCGAUCUAGAAGGGCUCAGUCUGUACGAGAGACCCGGCGUCUAAAGUGGUUUGGGCUCGAGCCAGCUGGUAUUUUCGUUGCCGCCUCUUCCGGAUGCAGCUCGCCUCCUCCACACCAUGUUCAACUUCUUCAAGCGCAAGAAGGACAAGAAGAAGCGCGGAGGCCGCAAGGAGCGGGGGCAAGAAGUGGGCGUGACCGCGCGCCGCGGGGAUGUACAAUUCGCAACACCUGCCCCAGUAGUGUCCGGCGAGUCAGCGAGUGCGGAUCAGUCGGGACAGAAUUCGGGGAGCGAAUCCCCUCAAGUCAUGGGGAACGACAUAUCCAAGCCUAUCUCCACCCUUCAAGGGCUGCCUGAGAUGCCCUUCAUCGAGAUAGACCCAGUCGAACGCGUCAAUAAGUUACCCACUGAAGAAGACGUGAAUAAAGCGCCUCAUAUAACACCUGAAACUCAGAAAAAAGAACAAGAAAUGAAGAAUUUGAACGAACUUAGCCAACUGCAAAGUCCAUAUUUAGUAAAGAGAGUGAGUGAUUUAGAAAACAUGGAAAAGCCAGUUAUCAAAAAUUUUGAAAAUUCCGCUGAAUCUGUGGAGGAAAAGUACGUCAUUUGUGACGAACCAUUGCCAGCCAAUGAAACCGUAGAAGAGAAGAGUGUCACCGGGGACGAUGCGAGCCUUGCCAGGAAGAAGGGAUCAGUUGCCAGCUGUGAGGAAUAUAGCUCGGGCGAGGGGGAACCAGUCGGAACGGGCGACGAUCGAGAGAUGUACAGAGUCAGUCAGGGCGGCGCUCUCAGCUGCGGAGAAGUGUACGACAGGCUCAAGUCCAGUUCCGAAGGGGACGUGUACUCGUUGAAGAAGGGCUGUGAAAUAGUGAAAGGUACUCUGCCGUGCACGGACGAGCAGGUCGAGGAGAGCGGUGAGUCGAGUGAGGGAGAACUAUCAGAGAGUGAACAGAGUGAGUCGGAUAACAUAAUAAAGAACGAUUCGGGCUGCUGGGACCAGCGGGAGAGCAGUUUAAAUUUAAACGAAAAUGAAAGCCAAGCGAGCCAAGUCACAUCGCCGUACUCACACAGCGGGAUCGUCGAACAUCCUAAAGGUAAAAAACGAGUAAAAUGGGCCGACAUAGACGGUAAGAGGAAAUUGACCGACGAGCGCGAGGGUUCGAUCAUUUCAAGCGAGGAAUCCAGUGAAGAAGAGGAAUCCGAUGACGAAGAACCGGAAAAAGAGAAAGAAGAAGACGAGGAAGACGAAAGCGAAGACGAAGAAGAAGAUGACAGCGAAGAAGAAGAAGAGAGUAAUAAUUUGAUCAAGGUGAAAAUAAUCGAUAAAACUGUAAAAGACAUUCAUACGGGACCGGAAUCCGCGAGUUCGUCCGAGGAAGAGAGUGAGGAAGAACAUGAAGGAAUAACGAGUUUUAAUGAAGUGAUGGAACAGCCGAUAGCUGAAAAUAUCACAGACCAUAAUAAGGAAGAAGAUUCUGAAGACGAAUCGGAAGAAAGUAGUGCGGAAGAGAGCGGCAACGAAGACGAGUUAAAAGAUGACAAAAACCCAUUGAAGAUAGAUAUCGCAGAAAUGCAGAAUCGAAUAGCCGACUUGCAACGAGAUAUCAGCUUGAAAGCAUCAAAUAUUGAUCGUUUACAAGUUGAAUUAGAUGCUGCCUGUAAUGAAUCCGAAAUGGUGAGGAAAAGGUUUAAGCGGCUGGAAGCAGAUCUAGAUUUAUAUAAGGAAACAAAUAGGCAACUAGAGGAGCGGAUCAAUGUUUCAGCCACAAAAGUUGUAGAAAAAGAGGUAAAGAACAGCAAGAAGUUGGAAGAAGCAGAAAGGCGAAUAAAGGAAUUGGAAGCAGAAUUGGCUCAAGUGAAGUCGGAAUUAAGUUCCUUACAAAGUAGUUAUAAGAAACUAGAAGCCGACAGAGAUAUGGAGGUCCAGAUCAUUCAAAAAGCUUUGGAGAAAGCUCUUACGGAUCAGGAAGAAAUGGAGUCAAAAUAUGAGAAGGAAUUUGAAAACCUUAGAACACUCAAUUCUAGCAGAGAAGUUCAAAUGCUAGAGGAUUUCGAGUGGAAAUUAAGAGAAGUUCAAAAGGCUUGUAAAAAGAAAAUGCAAGACUUAGAAACAGUGACUGAUAAGAAGAGCUCAGAGUUAGCCGAAAAGUUGGCCACCGCUCAAGCUAAUCUUGAACAGAUUUCACAUUUGAAACUAUGCGAAAUUGAGCUAAACCAACUGAAGCAAACAAGCUCUGAACAAAGGAAAAACUUGAGGUUAACAAACAGAAAGCUUGAAGAGCUACAAGUUAGCGAAAAAAUACUUCAAGAAGAAGUACACACUUUAAGAGCUUCCCUCGACAAAGAGAAAAAUCAUGUUGCAACAUUGCAAGCUCUACACAGGGAAGAACUAAUAGAUAAAGACCGGAGAGCAAAACUAAAAUUAGAAAUUCAGAUAAACCAAUUAGCUACUGAGUGGGAAGAAAGACUGAGAAGAGAAAAUUUCAAAGUUAAGACUGAUACGGAAAGGACCCUCCGGGAAGAGAAAAAUACAGCUGUGGAAUUAGUUAAGAAAAUGAAAGAUCAAGAAAUUACUCAGCUGAAACAAACCUGGGAGAAGAAAUCUCAAGAUCUGAAAAAAGAGAUUGAAAACUACAAGAAGAAAAUUAGUGAAAUGGAAGACUUAAAGAAGAUUGACUUUGAUAAAAUACAAACAAACGCAGAUAGAGAAAUCUUUGAUUUAAGAAGAAAAAUGGACAAGUUAGACAUGAGCUAUCAAGAAAAAAUUGAAAAAAUUCAAGAACAACAUGAAAAAGAAAUGGCUGCUCUAAAAGAAGAAUGUGAUAGAAGAGUUCAACAGAGUGAGGCGAAUCUACAAUUACAAGUAGGUAAUUCAAGAACUACAAUUGAACUUGUAAAGCAGCAGCUACAGAAUGAGACUCAAUUGAAACUAGAACAUCUGGAACGUGAAUAUGAAAACAAACUUCAACAACAAUGGGAAAGAUUGAACCAUGAAAAAGAGGAAGCUUUGGAAAAGAUGGAACAAAGUCAGAAGCAAAGUUUAGAGCUUCUUUAUAUGGAAAUUGAAAAAAUGAAGAAGCAUUCAAAGACAGAUCUGGAAGGGAAAAAGAAAAACCAACCAUCAAACCAAUCUCCUCGGAUGAGUUCAUCACAGAAGAAAAAUAGUAAUGACGUUUCACAUUCACGAAAUUCAAUCAGCUUUGCGAAUGCGAUAUACAUAUUUUUCUUCCUUAUAUUCCUUUAUCCAUUCAUAGGACCUACCACAACUUUCCUUACAGUCUUGUCUAUAUUUGUAUAUUAUUUUAUAACAUAUGUGUUUAAAUAAAAUGAAAAAAUAAUUUUCGUGAAUUUUAUAUAUUUUUUGUAAUAAUAGAUAAUAUAAUAUUAAUAUUUGUUACCAAAACUGUUGAUAUAAUUUUUAAACCAUUAUUUAAAAAAAUUUAAAAUUAAAAAAAAAAUAUUCCAAAGAUGGGCACUCAAUAUGGCCAUAAUUUGCUUUGAGUUUUAUGAACGUUUGUUAAUUACAUGCAUGUGAUAUAAUUUUAUUUUUAUAUAAAUAAAGAUUUUUUUUUUUAUAUUAGUUAUGUAAAUGAACGGAACCCUUGCAUGGUUGAGUUACUGAAAUUAUAAAUAAAACUUAUAACUGUGUAGUCUAUUAAAAAAUAUAAAUAAAUAAACCACUAAUUAACCUACAUAUUUAUCAAAUAAUAAUUAAUGCACAGAAACACUAACUAAGUUUGUUAUAAAUAAUCAAUGUGAUAUGAAAAACUACCAAUAAAUAUUGAUUUUGAAAGUAAAAAAAAAAAAAGAGAGAUAAGAAAAAAAAUUGUCCAUUUACCCAAUAUUCCUUGAUCCAGCACAAGAUUAGAUGUUGCCGAAGUCGCAGAAGAAAUUAGAACACAGGGAAAAGAAGAAGUCCUUCAAAAGAGCAUAGAGCAACUUACGAAACAGUUAAAUGCAGGAAAAAUGGAAAUUGAAAAACUUAGGCAACAACUGGAAUCAAGAGAAAGUGCAAGGCAGCAGAGAACUCCUCCGCAGCCACUUCCGAAUCCGAGAAGAAACAGAAAACCAAGGUCAGGAAGGAACUGAGUGAUAAGUGUAAAAAUGGACAAAUCUAAAAAAAAAAAAAAAAAAAAUAGUUCAUAGGAUCUAUGUAUAUUUUUUCAUUUAAUUUGUAAUUAAUUUUUAAUGUUUGAUAAAAUAAAUUAUAUUAAUUUUUUUAACAAGAUUCUUAUAAAUCUUCCAGUUAUGAUUUGGAUUUAGUAAGUUGUAGGCGAAUGAUGGUUUGUAUUAGAAAGAAAAAAUCAUUCUCAUUCAUCAUCUAACCAGAAUAACAAGAAGUUCAUCAUUCAUCACAUUCACAUCAUCAAAUAACUAUACAUGAAGAAAAUAUCAAUCAAAAUCACAUGUCAAUGAAAUGACUUGUCUGAGCUGAAAUAAUCCAAAUUAUUUUAUUUUUCCAAUAGGAAUUAACGAUGCCAACUGCA